AUGGAAAACCAGGAGGGUUCAUCUGAGGUGGAAAAUCCGCCAAGUGUAGAAAACCUAUCUAUUACGGAUGAGGAGGUGGACUUAAACAGUAUGGAGGACGUAGUCAUUAUCGAAAGUGCGGGACAACAAAAUCGAGAUACCCCAAAUCGUAAUAAAUAUCUCAAAACUAUUGCAUUAAAUAUCCUCAAAUAUCUCCCUGAAGACAUACUUCGUGAGGAGCCUGAUUUUUCAGCGGUAAAGACAGGUGAUGUCUCCAUCCCAGACAAUGGCCUAUGUACCUAUUGCAAAAAACCAAUUUUAUCAGACAACCCUCCCAGAUCUGUUGUAAUUAAUGUAUGUGGGCAUAUUCAUCAUCGGACUUGUGCAGAUAGAAGAGGAGUAUUAAGUUGUGGUACAUGCCACGUUAGUGAUAGCGAUCCGGUACAGUCCAACAAAUGUGCAAAGUGCUCUCUAGAAAUCUCUACUGAACCUUCAGAGCCACUUGUGACUUUCCCAUGCUGUAAACAUAUAGUACAUUUCGAAUGUAUUGAAAUUAAUCGCAAGUUGUGUCCUAAGUGUCCGACAAACCAUGAUUUGGAAAAAGAAGGUUUUUACAUUUCACCUGAAAUACCUAGAAAAAGAAAGAGGCAAGAGGGUGGACAGAAAACUGCCAGAGGUUCAAAGGCGCAAACUAUCCUUCGUGAGCUGUCUGUCUUUACACUUGAUGAGCUAUCAAUUAAUGCACCUUCCGAAGCUCUGAACAUGCAAGAUGUAUCCAACCAGCUCCACAAGAUGUACUACGACAUUGACGUUGCUGAAAAGAAAGGGGAUCAAGCAAAUAGAGAUGUAGUUCUGAAUUAUUUUCGAUUUGGAAAAGCUCUAUCUGAGCGUCUAGCCGUACUAUUGCAGAAGAAACCUCCACAGACGGCACAUACAGACCUGAAUAGUGAAGUCCAGGACAAACUCCCAGAUCAUAUGAACAAGUCUAUGGUACGCAAGAGAGUAGAUACAGCCAGAAAAAUUUAUGACAUCUUUAGCGUGAUUGGUGAAGAUAAGAUUCGUCGUAUCAAAUCCUUCACUGCAUCCAGUUUUUCAGAUCUAACUAGACCAGAGGUUGCAUAUAUCAUAAAAAACUUCAAGGAUUAG